AUGAGUAACAUUAGUCGUUUCCAUACUCAGAACACUCAAGAAGAUGAAAAUUUUUCUUUUCUUGAAUAUUCUGGCGGUGACACUCAAGCUACUGACUACGACUACAACGACUUUUCGGUUGAUUCAACUCUUGCUUCUCAGCAAUCAAGUAAUUUACUUAAUGGUUCCCAAAAUCAAUUUGUUGAACCUGAUCUAAGUGGUGUUGUUGGAGAUGAACUAGAUUCGUUUCAGUCUCUAAAUAUUAUCGAAAGAGGAUUACCUGAGCACGCUUGCAGAUAUUGUGGUAUUCACUCGGUAAAUUCCAUAGCUAGAUGUGUUACUUGUAGUAAAUGGUUUUGUAAUUCGAGAGGUAAUACAUCGGGUUCUCACAUAAUCAACCACUUAGUUCGUGCAAAACAUAAAGAAGUGGCUUUGCAUCCUGACUCGCCACUUGGAGAAACUACCUUGGAAUGUUAUAAUUGUGGUUGUAGAAAUGUGUUCUUACUUGGUUUUAUUCCUGCAAAAAGUGACACUGUAGUUGUACUUCUUUGUCGUCAACCUUGUGCUGCUAUGCCAAGUAGCAAAGAUAUGAAUUGGGAUACUUCUCAAUGGCUCCCUCUUAUCGAUGACAGAUGCUUCUUACCUUGGCUUGUAAAAGUUCCGAGUGAACAAGAACAACUUAGAGCUCGUCAGAUCACAGCUCAACAAAUAAAUAAACUUGAAGAGUUAUGGAAAGAUAAUGCUGAAGCUACUUUAGAAGAUUUGGAGAAACCUGGUAUUGACGAUGAACCACCACCUGUUUUAUAUGAAGAUGCGUAUCAAUAUCAAAAUAUUUUUGGUCCUUUAGUAAAAAUGGAAGCUGAUUAUGACAAAAAAUUAAAGGAAUCGCAAACUCAAGAUGACAUUGUGGUAAGAUGGGAUAUUGGUUUGAAUCAGAAACGUAUUGCAUGGUUUUAUUUACCAAAAUUAGAAUCUGGAGAGGUUCGUUUGGCAGUGGGUGAUGAGUUGAGGCUUCGUUAUCGUGGUGAAUUGCAUCAGCCUUGGGAAUGUAUUGGACAUGUAAUAAAAAUUCCGAAUAAUGUUAGCGAUGAAGUUGGAUUGGAAUUACGUAGAAAUGAUAAUACACCGGUCGAGUGUACACACAAUUUCUCCGUGGAUUUUGUAUGGAAAUCUACUAGCUUUGAUAGAAUGCAAACUGCAAUGAAAACUUUUGCCAUUGAUGAAUCUUCGGUCAGUGGAUACAUUUAUCAUAAAUUGCUUGGUCAUGAAGUUGAACCUCAAGUUCUUCGUACUCAAAUGCCAAAAAGAUUUUCGGCACCAAACUUACCAGAAUUAAAUCAUUCACAAGUUUAUGCGGUCAAAAGUGUACUACAAAAACCUUUAAGUUUAAUUCAAGGACCACCCGGGACAGGAAAAACUGUUACUUCUGCUACAAUUGUAUAUCAUCUUGCAAAAAUGAAUCCUGGCCAAGUUCUUGUUUGUGCCCCAUCAAAUGUUGCAGUUGAUCAACUAACAGAAAAGAUUCAUGCAACUGGUCUUAAAGUUGUAAGGCUCACUGCCAAAUCUCGUGAAGCUUUAGAUUCGCCUGUUUCAUUUCUCACAUUACAUGAACAAGUGAUUAAUAACGAUACCAAUCUCGAAUUGCAAAAAUUGAUUCAAUUGAAAACAGAGCAGGGUGAAUUGAGUAGUUCUGACGAGAAAAAAUACAAGAUGUUAAAACGUGAUUGUGAAAGAGAAAUUUUACGGAACGCUGAUGUUAUUCUUUGUACUUGUGUGGGUUCAGGAGAUCCUCGUUUAUCCAAAUUUAAAUUUCGAACUGUUUUGGUUGAUGAAGCUACUCAAGCAACUGAACCAGAAUGCAUGAUACCACUUGUUCUUGGUUGUAAGCAAUCUGUUCUUGUAGGUGAUCACCAACAAUUAGGACCUGUUAUUAUGAACAAAAAAGCAGCACGUGCUGGUCUUUGUCAAUCAUUGUUUGAAAGAUUGGUUAUCUUGGGCAUACGUCCAAUCAGAUUACAAGUUCAGUACCGUAUGCAUCCUUGUCUUUCCGAAUUUCCAAGUAAUAUGUUUUACGAAGGCUCUUUGCAAAAUGGUGUAACUACACAAGACAGACUUCGAAAAAAUGUUGAUUUCCCAUGGCCCGUCCCUGAAACUCCAAUGUUUUUCCAUUCUAAUUUAGGACAAGAAGAGAUUUCAAGUAGUGGUACUUCCUAUUUGAAUAGAACAGAAGCAUCAAACUGCGAGAAAGUAGUUACAAAGUUUCUAAAAUCAGGAAUUUUCCCAGCUCAAAUAGGCAUAAUAACACCGUACGAGGGACAACGCAGCUACAUUGUUAGUUAUAUGCAAUCCAAUGGAUCAUUACGUAAGGAUUUGUAUAAAGAUAUCGAGGUGGCAAGUGUUGAUGCAUUCCAGGGUCGUGAAAAAGAUUAUAUUAUUUUGAGUUGUGUUAGAAGUAAUGAGCAUCAAGGAAUAGGUUUCUUGAAUGAUCCUAGACGUUUGAAUGUAGCAUUGACUAGAUCUAGAUAUGGCGUUGUUAUUUUGGGAAAUCCCAAGGUUUUGAGCAAGCAUCCCUUAUGGCAUCAUCUUCUUGUUCAUUACAAAGAAAAAGAAUGCUUAGUCGAAGGACCAUUGAGCAACUUGAAGGUUAGCAUGAUCCAAUUCAGUAGGCCAAGGAAAACAUAUCAUAAGGAUGAUAAAUUCAGGCAAGGAUUGGCUCAUCAAAUUGAUGCUCGUGAAGCUUUAGCAAAAGCACCUGUUGCUAGUGAAAAUCGUCGUGGUAAUCGCGUUUAUGAUCAAGAUUUCAUUAGAACGCAUGAUCCUGUUGGUUAUAUACCAUCUGACAUGAGUGCCAUACCACCGUCAUCACAAUUUACCAUUCCAUUAUUGCCAACACCAAACGGACCUUUUACACAAGAUUUAUCGCAAAGUAGUAUCUCCAGUCGACUUCUCACACAAAAUGCUUAUAGUAGCCAAGGUUCUAUGAGUCUUACAUUGUCACAAUCUGAUCGUGUUUGUAUGAUGGAAAAUUCUAACGCCUCAUUGGAUCAUGCUUCGUUAAUGUCUCAAGAUAGCUCAAUUGAAUUCAUGGAUGAUUAUAAAAGUCAAGGCGAUGAUACAAGAGCAUGGAAUCGAUUAAUUGAGUUUUCUUUUUAG